AUGGUUGAUAAUGUAAUAUAGGUUACACAUUGGCCCUGCACUCCACAACACUCUUCAGUUGGAUAACAUUGUUCAUAGAAUGAUCCUGUAUGUCAUGUUGUGUUCUUAACCUUAACAAGUUACACACAUCAGAUUAUGCAGGGAUAUCUUAUUUAUUCCUUUUUUAAAGUGAUCGCUGGAAUGGAAGGAAUAUGACCUCUGAUGAAGGCCAUUGAUGAAGGCUGAGGAGUUCAAGUUGUUAAUAGUUGUUUAAAUAAUGAUGAGCGAGCAUUGCGGCUUUUCCUGUUCAAGGUAUUUUACUUCUAAAGGAGUUGUUGUUCUGUGUCUGUCCUACAGGGACCCCACGGUUCUUCUGGUUCCACUGGUAAGGAUGGCAUGAACGGUCUGCCUGGACCCAUCGGACCCCCCGGACCCCGUGGUCGCAACGGAGAGAUGGGACCUGCUGUAAGUCUCAAACUGACCUCCACAUUUACUGUGCACACACACAUAUCCUCACACACAUAGCACAAGCCUUUGAUGCCAGAUUUGACUCCUUUCUGUCUUCUUCUUUCCUACCCAGGGUGCUCCUGGUUCUCCUGGUCUGCCCGGACCCCCAGGUCCCGCUGGUGGCGGCUUCCAUGUCGCACCAAUCUACAACCAGGAGAAGGGACCUGACCCCAUGCGUGGAGGAGGAGGAUACCACUACCGUGCUGAUGAGCCUGACAUGAUGAACGACCGUGACAUGGAGGUGGACACCACCCUGAAGAGCCUCAGCCAGAAGGUUGAGAACAUCCGCAGCCCUGAGGGAACCCAGCAGAACCCCGCCCGCAUGUGCCGUGACAUCAGGAUGUGCCACCCCGAGUGGAAGAGCGGUAAGUUCCAGGCUCAGUCCAGCCCAUGCCCCAGACAGACACUGGUUAUAUAUAUAGGCAUGCUGUGAUCAGGGAUUGUUUGGUUGGUUGAUUGAUUGAUUGAUUGGUUGAUUGGUUGGUUGGUUGAAUGAUUUAAUGAUUUAAUGUAUUCAAUAUUUAAAAAGGAAACAGCCAAAGACAUCAAGGAGCUAGGAGCCUACAUGAAAAACUCUAUCAAUAUAAUAAUGUCUACUUUAUUUGACUUCUAUUGUCACCUUAAGCACCUUGAUGGCUUAUAUUCUGUUCUCUCUUAAACCCACAGGCCAGUACUGGGUGGACCCCAACCAGGGCUCUCCUCUGGAUGCUGUCCAGGUCUUCUGCAACAUGGAGAAUGGAGAGACCUGCGUCUACCCAUCCCAGGACACCGUCCCCAUGAAGAACUGGUAUACCAGCAAGAACAUCAGGGAGAAGAAGCACAUCUGGUUCUCAGAGUCUAUGGAUAAUGGCUUCCAGGUAAGGACCAUUCAGCGUAACCAGGUGACAAGGACUCCAAUCAGAGCUUGAGUAGAAACGACUCAGACUUACACUCAAACUUGGAUUGCUAGGGACAUGGAACUUGGACUCAAGGUUUCGUGACCUGCCUUCACUAAAAAACUGCCUUCAUGAUACUAACCCCUCCCUCCCUCCCACCCCCUUCCUCUCCUCUCCAGUUCCACUAUGGUAGCGAGGGCUCCAACCCAGAGGACGUCAACAUCCAGCUGACCUUCAUGCGCCUGAUGUCCAACGAGGCGUCCCAGAAUGUCACGUACCACUGCAAGAACAGCAUCGCCUACAUGGACGAGGCCACGGGCAACCUGAAGAAGGCCCUGCUGCUCCAGGGAGCCAACGAGAUCGAGAUCAGAGCCGAGGGCAACAGCCGCUUCACAUACACCGUCAGCGAGGACGGCUGCACGGUGAGACACCUACUACUACUGUCCACUUUUACUGUCCUCUAUGCCCUUCUCUUAUCAUUCCACUCCCUUCUGCUGUCUGUUAUUAUAUUCUCUCUUCUACUCUCGUCUUUUACUGUCUUCUAAUAUCUUCUACCUCUCUUCUACUCUCCUCUAUUCUCUUCUUCUACUCUCCUCUAUUCUCUUCUUCUACUCUCCUCUGUUCUCUUCUUCUACUCCCUUGUCACUUUUAUAUAUCUCUCUCUUUUUUGUUUUGAAUUUAAGAUAGUGUGAAAUCCAUGUUAUGGAACUAAAGAUGGAUCAAGUGACUACAUAAAAUAGAGGUUAUAUAGAGGUUAGUGUGUCAUCAAUCAUCUUUACUAGGACUGGUUUCUGAUUCUGACCUAUGCGCUCUCUCUCUCUCUCUCUCUCUCUCUCUCUCUCUCUCUCUCUCUCUCUCUCUCUCUCUCUCUCUCUCUCUCUCUCUCUCUCUCGCUCUCUCUUUCUCUCUCUCCACAGUCACAUACUGGCACAUGGGGCAAGACAGUCAUCGACUACAAGACAUCAAAAACAUCUCGCCUGCCCAUCAUUGACAUCGCUCCUAUGGACGUUGGUGCACCUGAUCAGGAGUUUGGCGUCGAAGUUGGCCCCGUCUGCUUCGUAUAA